GAGCCCCGCGUCGGGCGAGCGCGCGCGCGCCCACGCGAAGGAGCAGCCGAGGUCCGCCAGCGCCCCGAGCGCGCCGGCGCCCUCGCGGCUGGCCAGCGCGGCGAGCUGCAGGGGCAGCAGGGCGGCGGAGGCGCGGGGCAGGGCCGCGAGGAGGGGCACGGGCACGCCCGUCGCGGCGGCCAGGGCGGCCAUGCCUCGG